CAAUAAGAAAUGCAAAAUUAUCAGCUGAAAGAGUCUAAACUGAUAUCAGAAACAUUUAGAAAAGAGUAAGAGUUGCUUUCAUUGACAUUGUUUUGGAACUUCAAACUUAUUGCCCAAGCUAGAACUGCCGUUUGAUCUGUAUGAAUUGACUUGGGCCUUGCAACUGGCCCCGCAUCCCAUAUCGCAAUGGUAGAAGUGAAGCUACAUGGAUUUUGGGCUAGUCCAUUUAGUCACGGAGUGAUCUGGGCACUAAAACUGAAAGAGAUAAACUACGAAUAUGUAGAAGAAGACCUUCCCAACAAGAGUGAAUUGCUGUUAAAGUACAAUCCUGUUUACAAGAAGAAACCUGUCCUCGUUCAUGAUGGCAAACCAAUCGCCGAGUCACUGGUCAUCCUUGAAUACAUUGAAGAAACAUGGCCCCAGAAUCCCCUGCUGCCACAAGAUGUCUAUGAGAGGGCCAUAGCUCGGUUUUGGAUCAAAUUUGGAGAAGAAAUGGGUCCUACCGUAGUUUCUCUAUUCCAAACUACUGGAGAGGAGCGAGAGAAAGCAAGAAAGCAACUAGUUCAAAAGCUGAAAAUCUUAGAAGAGCAUGCCCUUGGGGAUAAGAAAUUUUCUGGUGGCGAGGCUAUAAACUUAGUUGACAUUGAAUUUGGAGUGCUUGCUCACUGGGUGGAGGGGAUGGAAGAAGUGAUGGGACUGCAAUUGUUGAAGCCAGGCACCCUACCCCAAUUGCGCCAAUGGAUUAAGAAUUUUAAGGAAGUUGCUGUGAUCAAAGAAAAUCUUCCUGACAAAGCAAAACUGCUGGCCCAUAUGAAAGUGGUUAGAGAAUUGUUUGUUUUUAACGUCUCAGGUUAA